AUGCCCUACGAACGGUGUUCCAACGGAGACAAAGAUCUCGACCUCAAACAAGGUGUCGAAGUCGAAUGCGAGAGCGAUUCUGAAUCCGAGUUUAGCACUCCUAUCUAUACACCCUCAUCGUCCACAUCUACAUUCCCAGCACCUGAUAAGCAACAACAAGACCCAGAACAACAGGAUGAAGCCCAGCCUGAAUCGCAGUUCCAGUCCCAGUCACAAUCAGAAUCUCAGUUGCAAUCACAACCACAACCACAAGCUGCGGUAUACCAAUUACACUACCACCCUGAUAAAGUCCUGGAAUGUAGUUUUUGGGAUUUGGUGGGGUUUGUGCUGGCAUUUAUUUUGUUGGUGAUUUUGGGGGUCGUUUGGGUUGAGGCGGUUAGAAAUGCCGAUUGA